GAAGCAACCGCGAAACCCUCACACCGCCCUCGCCAUCUCUCUUAUGAGGAGUGGAAAAAAGAAAGAAAAAAAAGAAGGAAGCCCGUUAGAUUUAGAGAUCGAAGAACCCACGCCGAAAUCUCUUCUUUUCUUUAUAAACCCUCGCUCUUCGAUCCAGAAGCCAUCGAAAUUUGUUGACUUGAAUCAUUUCUUCUCUCUUCUUUCUUCUUCUUCGCCAUGGCAACGGAAGUCUUGCGGCCGCACGACGUCCUCAUGGCCCAGCGGAUGCGGCCCCUACCGGCCUUCCUCCCCCGCCGGAAACCUAACCCCAAGCCGUCGAGGAAGACGCCCUCGCCCCGGCCGGAGGCCAGAAAGAGGCGGGAGGGCUCCCCCAAGCCGGCAAAGUCCGGCGGAGCCGCCGCCGAGGCUGGAGGAAGCCGCCUGGUGGCGGGGCAGGUGAAGAUCCUGAAGCGGGGCGAGUCGCCCGACGCGUUUAAAAAGCCGGAGAUGGCGGCGGUGUUCGGAACGGGGAGGCUGGGGCCGGACCCGGAGAUGGUCCCGAAGCAGAUCAGGUUUGGGGAUCCGAAGACCGCUGCCGUGGCCGCGGCGGCGACGGCGGAUAUGUACGCGGGCUCGGCGUUCGCGGUCUCGCCGUCGCCGAGCUCGCUGCCGCUGCCGAGUUUCUCCUUGAAGAAGGAUGUGUCGGCGAUCGUGGACUGUGCAAGUAAGGAUCUCAGGCGUUUGCUCCGGCUGGAGUAGAGAUCAAAUAAAUUAGAAAAUAGAAAAUGUUUCUUUUUUUUUCUUUUCGGCAUGCUCUUCGGCUUUUCGUUCUUCUUGACUCUCUCCGUUUGCGUUUUAGGACAAACGGGAUUUGGGGAUGGAAUGAGAGGUGCGAUGGGGUGUUAUAUACGAAUAAUCAGGGUGUAAUUUUUUUUUUUCUUCUGUAUAUUUGUAUCUGUUCUUGUGGAAGGUAGGAGGAAAAAGGAGGAGGAUGGGUUAAAGGUAUGAUCGAAGAUGGAGCGGAAUCAGCAAUAAUGUAUUAUUAAUAUAUAUAUAUAUAUUUAUGACGUUAACUGCCCUCUCCACCCCGGUGGAUGCGAAAA